AAAAGUUCUUGUGGUGUGCCAAGACACUGGUGGCUGGCACACAGCUCCCUAGGCAAGUGAGAGAAAUCCGUCCCGACAAGUAAGAUGGCUGAGACGACCCCCACCGUGGUGCCUGGCGAGGAGACUACGCAAGCGCAGGAGAUCCUGCACUUGCAGUGUCGCUUCUACGAACAGAAGUUUCCAGAAAUCGAUGAGCUGGUUAUGGUGAAUGUGCGCUCCAUCGCCGAGAUGGGCGCUUACGUGUCCCUGCUCGAGUACAACAACAUCGAGGGUAUGAUCCUGCUGUCCGAGCUGUCUCGACGCCGCAUUCGCUCCAUCAACAAGCUCAUUCGUGUGGGCAAGAACGAGGUGGUCAUGGUGCUGCGUGUGGACAAGGAGAAGGGCUACAUCGAUCUGUCCAAGCGCCGGGUGUCCCCCGAGGACAUUGCCAAGUGCGAGGAACGCUACAACAAGGCCAAGACUGUGCACGGUGUGCUGCGCCAAGUGGCCCAGGAGAACCACCUGGAGAUUGAGGACUUGUACUCGAAGGUGGCCUGGCCGCUAUACAAGAAAUUCAAGAUCGAGACCCCCAGCGACGAUGAAAAGAAGGUCGAAUACGUGCACUGUUACGAUGUCUUCAAGAUGGGCAUCACAGACGACUCGGUCUUUGAGGGACUGGAUAUCACGCCUGAGAUCCUCACGGCGCUUAAGGCACAGAUCCGUCGCCGGCUAACCCCGCAGCCCAUCAAGAUUCGCGCGGAUAUUGAGGUCACGUGUUUCACGUACGAGGGUAUUGAGGCCAUCCGCUCGGCCCUGCAGGCUGCCCAGAACGUCGGCACUGAGGAUGUUCCUGUGAAGGUUAAGCUCAUCGCGCCGCCCAUGUACGUCAUGACCACCAGCACGCUGGACAAGCAGAAGGGUAUCCAGAAGCUUCAGGAAGCCAUCGAGGCUGUGCGAGAGCACAUCACCGCCAAGAAGGGCACGAUGUCCGUUAAGAUGGAGCCGAAGGUGGUCAGCGUGAACGAGGAGAAGGAGUUCCUGCAGAUGAUUGAGAAGCUCGAGAACGAGAGCCGCAUGGUCGACGGCGACGCUCCGGAGGAUUAGACAGGCACAGCGCAGACAGCGUUAGCGAGCACCGAUUCGGCAUGGAUGGACGACGCUGGGAUGCUUUCUUUAAGCUUGACGAUAUCGUGUGCUGCAAGCUUCCUGGCGCGCUCUCCCGUCUAGCGUGGCUACCCUUGAGGCCGGUUGGUUCGCCUGUAACAGAUUAGAUGGAUGCGCUUUGCGUGCACACUCAAUACAGCUGAAUGCACUGCGCACCCUUGUGGUGGUGAAUUCGCUGCUUUUAUAUACAUCAUGGUCAUCUUGAGUGCAUUCGCUUCAACGCACAAUUGAAACCCAGAUUUACUCAAGAGGCCGGAGUUUCCCACCUUUACAUUUCUUGUCGCUCUACAAGGUUGAUUCCUCAGUUAUACGCAUUCGCUUGUACUCGUUGUACUUCUUCGAUGAUCC